ACGUCAUUUUCUAAAUUCUUUUCAUCAACAGUGAAUGCCGAAGGGGGUGGUCGUUCGGUGUUUUAGCUAAAGGCAGCCGAAAGUUUUGGAGCAACAAAAACAACAGGACACCGACUCGGGAUUACGCAUUUCCUUAAAAGCACGUGGAUUUUUCAUUUUCGUUCUACAUUUGUGUUUUAAUUCAGCCAAAAUGUUUUCCCUGUCGUCGUUUCAGCCACAGCAGAUGAUUGUGCCCCUCAACCAGCUCAUUAGUGCCCUCCACUCACUGAAGAACACAGCCAUGGCAUCAGUGCCGACCUUGCACAAAGACUUCAGCCCAGAGCACACUGCACAUGGAAAAGAGCCCAACGCGAGUCUUCGUGAUCUGGGUGUGUCAGACAUUCGAGGCCACCACCUAGACGAGCUGCUGGACAGGUUGCUGCCCACACUGGGCAUGGAGGGCGCACCUAACAUCCCUUCGACUUGGAGCACGAGUUACGUUUCCGCACACAGCUUCUUUCACAACAAGCACGGGUUUGCACAGAGAAAACUUUUUGGUUCGCCAAUAUUCCACGGGCAAAACCACAGACCUCUACAAGACGUUUGCGCCAAGCUUCCGUUUUUACCCUUGUGGCUCCAGAGUCGAGGUUUCAAGACUCUUAGAACAAAGAGCAGACGGACGGCGUCUGGGGAUGAUGUUCUGACUGAGUCGGAUCCCUAUACACCGGCUUUCAUGAAGGGUUUUCUGACGAGGGAAAAGACAGCAGAGGCUCAGUCACUGGACCAACUGACGAAAAGCAGGAAACUUCCGCAGAACCAGGAGGAGACAUUCAAGUUGGGCUUCUCCGAGGGCUUCAUGCGAUCGCAGGCCUUCACGCAGAGGACGCAAGAUUCCUUGAGGAGAACCAGGCUGGUCCUGUUAGUGCUUCUCCUGGUGGGCAUCUAUGGUCUGUCCAGAGCCCCCUUUCUCUCGGGUAAAGGCUCCUUUUCUGAUGCUGUGAGAUUCCGCACCACUUCCGGCCUGGACUCUGCGAUCGACCCCAUCCAGAUGAAGAAUGUGACGUUUGAGCAUGUCAAGGGAGUGGAGGAGGCGAAGAAUGAGCUGCAGGAUGUCGUGGAAUUCCUCAGGAACCCCAGCAAGUUCACUGUUCUGGGUGGAAAGCUGCCCAAAGGGAUCCUCCUGGUCGGGCCGCCCGGCACCGGGAAGACGCUACUAGCCCGGGCGGUCGCCGGUGAGGCGGACGUGCCGUUCUACUAUGCCUCGGGGUCAGAGUUUGACGAGAUGUUUGUGGGUGUUGGCGCCAGCCGCAUCAGGAACCUGUUCAAGGAGGCCAAAGCCAACGCACCUUGCGUCAUCUUCAUCGAUGAGCUGGACAGCGUCGGUGGGAAGAGGAUCGAGUCUCCCAUGCAUCCGUACUCAAGGCAAACUAUCAACCAGCUGCUGGCUGAAAUGGACGGGUUUAAGGCAAAUGAGGGCGUCAUCGUCAUCGGUGCUACCAACUUUGCGGAGGCUCUGGAUAAUGCUCUGGUGCGCCCGGGCAGGUUCGACAUGCAGGUGACAGUCCCCCGGCCCGACGUGAAGGGACGGACAGAGAUCCUCAACUGGUACCUGACCAAGAUCAAAGUGGACUCUGCGGUGAAGCCUGAAAUUAUUGCCCGAGGCACCGUGGGUUUCUCGGGCGCCGAGCUGGAAAACCUGGUCAACCAGGCCGCCUUGAAGGCGGCGGUGGACGGGAAAGAGAUGGUUACCAUGAAGGACCUGGAAUUCGCCAAGGACAAGAUCCUCAUGGGCCCCGAGAGGAGGAGCGUGGAGAUCGACAAGAAGAACAAGACCAUCACAGCCUAUCACGAGUCAGGACACGCCAUCGUGGCUUACUACACCAAGGACGCCAUGCCCAUCAACAAAGCUACCAUUAUGCCACGGGGACCCACACUUGGACAUGUGUCCCUGCUCCCAGAAAAUGACCGCUGGAGCGAGACCAGGGCGCAGUUGCUGGCCCAGAUGGAUGUCAAUAUGGGCGGGCGAGUGGCGGAGGAGCUCAUCUUCGGAGACGACUACAUCACCACAGGUGCAUCCAGCGACUUUGAUGGGGCGACCAAAAUUGCUAAUCUGAUGGUGACCAGGUUUGGCAUGAGUGACAAGCUCGGCGUGAUGACUUAUGGUGAUGUUUCCAAACAAAGUCCCGAGACGCAAGCCGCCAUCGAACAGGAAGUUAGGAUGCUGUUGAAGGACUCAUACGAGCGGGCCAAGAGCCUACUGAAGAUGUAUAAAAAGGAGCACGAGAAGCUCGCCGACGCCCUCCUCAGGUAUGAGACUUUGGACGCCAAAGAGAUCCAAAUGGUUCUGGAGGGAAAACCACUGGACCAGUAAGAUACCAACAUACCUCCCACCUCCUUGAACUGUACGGUCAUCAUGUUGUGGGCAGUACAGCGAGGUGGCACUGUAUAUAACAGCACGCUGGAUUUCAUUCACAACUCCCGGCUGCUUUUUCUAGUCUUAUUUUUUAGAUUUAAUUCCAUGAAAUGUUGGGGUUGGAUUGAAUGACAAAGUAACCUCAUUUCAAGGACAAUGAACAACAAAACACACACGUUCUGAUAAACGGUGCUUCUGUUUCUUCGCCACGCAAGCUUCGCGUACCUCGACUAGAAGGCACAAUUUUGGAUAGACCGGGGUGCUUUCGCAACAUCAUACUUUAGAAAAGCUACUUUUAUUUAUUGAAGUGCCCUCCAUUUCCCCCUGGAUUGGUGAUUAUAUGAGUUGCUCAAAUAAAGGUCACUGUUACUCCCAA